CAUAGAACAUGAAUUAUUUCUUACUAUCUCGAUACACCAAGCCAACCCAAACAAGCAAACGUCACUCGGUUUUCGAUCGAUCUGACGCUGGAGGAUGCAUUUUGUUUUGCCAUUUUAAUACACUUUGCUGCUACCAUAUAUCGUUCAUUAGAUGUACUUUGGUAGGAAAAAUGUUAAACUUACUAUUUUACCACCCCAGAGGUGUCGGAAAUGCGGUUUACAGGAGAUAUACCACAAAACAUCCCAUCCUAUCGCUGCAGCGUCUCGCAAAUCCGCACUUCUAUCGCUAUUUUCGUCUUCGGUAGAGCUAGUUUAGAGGUAAAGUAUACAUUUUUUGAAAGCCUAACAUUUUGCCAACCCGAAACAAUCAUCUGAUUCAAGUGUUCAAAGCAAAUAUGUGGUUAUUUUCGAUAGAAAGUACAACAGUAUUUUUGCAACUUUCUUUGACAACCGCAUCGAAAAUCUGACAUAAGCUUUCCACGUGUUUCCUCUCGAGUUCCCAAAUUCGAAUCACCUCCGAGCAUAGGUGAGCAUAAGCAUAAACAUAAACAUUGCUGUGUCAGUGUGUGAGUGAAAGCGAAUAACCCCUCAAACAAGCGCGAAAGCAACUACGAUGGCCGAUUCCGCAGCGACCGAAGUCCCGGCUGUAGCAGCUGCUGCCCCAGCCGCCACGGCCAAGUCACCGAAGAAGCCAAAGGCGGCCGCCGGCCCCAAGAAGCCCAAGCAGCCAGCGGCACAUCCUCCGGUCAACGAGAUGCUGCUGGCCGCCGUCAAGGCACUCAACGAACGCAACGGUUCCUCGCUGCAGGCGAUCAAGAAGUACGUGGCGGCCAACUACAAGGCUGACGUGACCAAGCUGGCCACCUUCUUGAAGAAGGCCCUCAAGACUGCCGUCGCCAACGGCAAGCUGGUCCAGACCAAGGGAACCGGUGCGUCGGGCUCAUUCAAGCUCUCGGCCGCAGCUAAGAAGCCAGCGGUGGAGAAGAAGAAGAAGGCAGCGGCCCCCAAGAAGUCGGCCUCUGCCGCGGACAAGAAGAAGAAGACCGCAGCCAAGAAGCCCGCCGGAGAGAAGAAGGCCGCCGCCAAGAAGACCACCAAGAAGGCUGACGGUGCCGCCGCCAAGAAACCGAAGGCCGCCGCAGCUAAGAAACCCAAGGCCGCCGACGGAGCGAAGAAAGCCGCCAAGAAACCGGCAGCCCCGAAGCAGAAAUCCACCAAGCCAUCCAAGGCCGCGGCUGCCAAGCCGAAAGCACCGAAACCAAAGAAGGCAGCAGCUCCCGCCAAGAAGGCCGCCGCUCCCAAGAAGGCUGCCGCACCCAAGAAAGCCGCUGCCCCCAAAAAGGCAGCUGCAGCCAAGAAAUUACAUUUUGGCACGCACAACAGGAAAUUAUCCCAACGGCCAAGCUUUAAGGCCAGCUCACACAUCGUCUACUUAUUCCCAACUCUGCUGUGAUUCCGAAAAACAUAGGCAAAACUACAUGGAUGCAGCAGGCCCUGACUGUCGAAGUAUAGCGGAAACGUCUUGUACAGGAAAAUCGAACCGUCAAGCGUGCUCCAAGCUCUGCGACCUCUUUAUUACCGCAAGUCCUAACUUCUGAAUUAUCAGAGUAGAAAAUG